GUCUAAAUUAAAAAGUUUCCCCGCCCUCAAUAUACACACAUAUCGCUCUGGAAAAGACAAAAAAAAAAAAACAACGAAAAGCAAAAAAAACCGCAAAACAAACAUAGAGAAAAUGUUAAAAAAAUCGAACCAAAUUGUUGAGACUGUUGUCUGGUUGCAGUUGCAUUCGCAUUGAAGGAGGCUCGGCCGAUCAUCCGACCCGUAAUCCCGAUCACCUCAGAGCUCCAGCAUCGAAGCACCCGACCACCCAAUCCCACCCAGUAACCCAUCCACUCCCAAGGGAGUCCAGUUAGUUAACCAUCUAGUCAGGGAGGAACAGUGAUAGCAGUUGAUCGUUGGUCGUCGCGCGUUGUAGCAGAAAAUUGAAUUUACUUUUGCAUUCUCGAUACUCAUAGUGUUUUUUCUCCACAUCUCUUCCCUUCUGACCCCCCAUCCCCACCCUUCACAUAUAUCCUAUAUAUAUAUAUUGUAACCCCGUUCGCUGUAUCUGCACACUGAUUUCGAUACGGACCGCGGACAGUAGUUGGUUGGCAGUGCGCUGCGACCACAGCUAAAAACAGCACCACGGCAGCCGGCAACGGAAACGGAAACAUCAGCGGAAGCGGUAGCGGUAGCGGUAACGGAUUCCGGCGCAGAAGAGAAAGUGGCUACCAUGCGGCGAUGGCUCGUCCGCUGCUCCUGCUCCUGCCCAUCCUACUCGUCCUGCUCCUUGCCGCCCAGUUGCCCCACCUCGCCGAGGGGCGCAGCACCACCAGCAGCGGCGGUCUAACGGUUAUCGAUAGCGAGCGCCUGCGCAUUCGCACCACCUCCAGUACGGCUUCAGCUCAGCAUCCCAAUCAGGGCACGAUCCCUGCCAGCGCCGCUAGUCCGCGCAAGCGCCACAGAAAGCGGAACAGCAACUGGAUCGACUAUCGCAACUUCGACGAGAACACCACCGCCCUGGAGUGGGCCAAUCCCUGCGGUGGCAACUAUCAUCCCUCGGCGGGUGAUCGCUUCAAUCGCCAGCGUCCCAGGCAGAGCUUCAAUCAGCUGAAGCGCCACGCCUUUCGGGAGUACCGCAGCCUAAACAGUAGCCAGGACUCGGCCAUAGAUAUCCGCAACAUGACCAUGUGGUCCCUCCACACGCACAACUACAAGUUCCUGCCCAAGCUCAAGCCCAAUUCCACGAUUGCCCUAAAGCGCUGGUACCGCAACAUGCAAACUUACGUGGCCAGCUUUGCGUAUCUGAGGCGCCAGCAGAUCCGCUGGGAUCAGCGGUCCAUCACCCGCGAGUCCAGCACCGCCCGCGAGCUGCGCGAGCUGCUCCUGAGCUCGCGGCGCAUCCUCUGCGAGCUGGAGACAGCCGUCAACCAGACGCAGAGUCCGCGCCAGAAGCAGCGGCGCAGUGGUGCGGCGGUCACAGCAGUUGGCGGCACCACCAUGCUGGGUCAGCAGCUGCCACAGAUCUCGCGUCUCGAGAUGAACAAGCGUUUGAAGCUGCGCUCCAAGACGAGUGGGCCCGGUAUGGGUGGUGCUGCUUCCAGUGCAUCCAUGGCGGCGGGCGAGGCGGACUCGAUCGAUAUGCGCUUUGUGAAGCACCACUACUACGACUUUUUGCGCACCAUGUACCAGCUGCUGCGGCGGGAUGGCAAGCGGGUAAGGAGUCGGCCACGGAAGCACCACAAGAAGCAGCAGAGGAGCCAGAAAAAGUUGCUACAGCAGCAGCAGCAGCUGGCGGAUCAACUGGAGCAGCGUUGGCGCAGCUCCACCUUGAAUGGCAAGGAGUUCAACGAGGUAUCCAAGCCAGUGGCCGGUGGUGCUGCUGGAGUUGCAGAUGUUGCAGGUGUUUCCGGUGGUGGAAGCAACCAAUUUGCACGUGGCAGACGUGGAAAGCGCCAGUCGAAGCGCGUGCAGCGCACGUGAAAUAGCAUACACAACAUUCCCAUAUCUUUCCAUUUCCCCUUACCUCAGGACUCGCCCCUUUCCUCUGUUCUACAAACCCCUAGCCUCAAAUCCUUAAUUUAACCGUUAAUUGAUCGAUAGUAGCUUAAGUAAAUUAUUUGAUUGACAGCACAUAGUCUCUGUUCUCGAAUUCAUUGCAAGUAUUACCACAUUCCGUAUUUAUUGACAUUCGUCGAGAGUGAGAGAGAGGGAGAGAGAGAGAAAUAGAGAGAGAGAUAUAGUUAUAUAGCAUACGAAACCACAAUCUGCAGUUGCCGUUCUAGUCACAUAAGAGCAACCGCCAACCACCACCCACUGGAAAGUAUUAUUCGCCACGCCCGCUUUGUAGCCCAUUCCGCACCCGCAUCGAGUACUAUGUGACCCCCAGUAGGCUAAGCUAACCCAUGGCAUUCAUGAUCAUAAUUCCAUAUCCAUAUCCUUUAGGCUAAACUUUGAUCCUAAGGCACACACACACACAUUUUUUUUUUUUCGUAGGCUAGCUUGUGUUUCGACAUCUGUGAUAUAGUGCUUGACUAGUUCGUAUUUAACCUAAUUGUACAUAUAUAUUAUAUAUAGAUCGCAUUGGGGUGGCAUGUGGCCGCAUCCAUGCCUUCGUAGUCCUAAGCUCGCCCUUAGAAAUCGAUUUUCGUAUUUAUAGAACCGACCGACAUAUGACUAAGCCAGCAGCGGAAUAAAGCGAACAAUAAACUGAAUUGAAUUUG